ACACUUACACAGUGGCUUCUAAACGUUUUGACUGCCAGGCAACAGCAAUGGGCCCAGACACUGGACCUGUCCCUAAAACAGAAUCUUCAGAUGAAAGUUCAGGAGUAGUUGUGGUGAAGGUUAUCUCAGAAUCAGAUACCAGUGAUGACCUAAGUGCUGCUGAAAAUUCCAAACAACCAGAGAGCCACAUAUCUGACAAGUGUCAUGCUUGCACUGUCUGUGGCAAGGUUUUUGACAGACCAUCAAAGCUAGAGAGGCAUAAACCUGUGCACGAGAGGAAACCAAAGACUCUUCAUCAGUGUCAGCAUUGUGAUAAGAGCUUUACACAACAAGAGAAGCUGAUCAGGCACGAGAAUGGCCACAGUAGGACUAACAAGCACCCCUGUCCUGACUGUGGAAAAGUGUUCAAUAGGCCUUCCAAAUUAGAGAGGCAUAAACGUACACACUCAAAGAAACCAAAGGUGCCGCAUCAGUGUCCAUACUGCAUGAAGACAUUCAGUAAACUUAACAAACUUGUCCGCCACAAGCGAAUGCACACCGGGGAGAAGCCUUUCACCUGCUCUGUCUGUGGUAAAGGAUUCUCAGAGUCAGGCCACUGCAAAGCACAUGAAAAGACGCACCAGGAGCAGCCAGAAAAGCCUCACUCCUGCGCGGACUGUGGGAUGUGUUUCUUCAAGGCCUCAGAGCUCCGUCGCCAUUUUCGCUCCCAUACUGGAGAGAAACCAUUUAGUUGCAGCAUAUGUGAAAGCAGUUUCUCCCGCUCAGAGGGCCUUAAACGGCACAUGAGGAGGCACACUGGCGAAAGACCAUACAAAUGUAUUGUCUGUGGAAAAGGAUUUUAUUCUCGUCAGGAUUUGAAUAUUCAUAGAUUGAUCCACUCAGGAGAGAAGCCGCAUCUUUGCCCCGUGUGUGGUAAAGGCUUUUCACAGUUGGGCAACAUGAAAGAACAUGAACAAAACGUUCAUAUUAAAUCAGAGACAUAUAUUUGCAAUGAAUGUGGGGCAACAUUCACACGCUACAAGUCACUAACCAAGCAUCAGCGAACUCACACAGGAGAAAGACCCUAUCUGUGUCUCACUUGUGGUCGCAGGUUUUCAUGGAGCCAUUCUCUUAGUAGACACCGGAGGACACACGCACACAGACAGAUGUCUAUGGAUACAUUAAGUUUGGAAGGGCCUCCUGAGCAUCCCAGCAUUUGAAAAUAGAAGUGAAAUCUUUGGGAGAAUGAACAUUUCAUUAAGUAAUUGCAGAGAGACAGUUAAGCUGAGAUAAACUAAUUUGGAGUGAUAUUACAACUUUUUGGCUUGUAAAGUGAUUCACCUUGUCUCUUGCUUUGUUAAUUGUCCACUGUAAUGGUAAUUUUUAUUAACUGCACACUCUGGACUUAUUUCUAUGUGUCCACUCCUUCUCUGUGAUUGGCAGAGAACCUCUACAGACUGUGCACAGUUGUGUAACUUUUCUCUUCUUGAACGAAUAAAACUACACAAACAA